AUGGCCACCGGAGUCGCGCAAGAGCCGGAGGAGGAGGAGACCGCCAUGGACACCGAAGUCGCGCAAGAGCCGGAGGAGGAGACCGCCAUGGACACCGGAGCCGUACCAGAUCCGGAGGAGGGGACCGUCGUCAUCCUCGAUUCGGUGAUGCUGGAUCGCAUCGGCCGCACCCACUGCCACAACGGCCUAGGCGCUGCUCGCAAGGCUGUCAAGGGGAACAAGACCGCCGUUCAAGUCGACAUGGACAGCGGCCGCUCCUUCUACGUCUCCUUCACCCUCGCGGCUCCUCCACAAGGGGGGGCCUCCUACCUCGAUCUCCACUGGACGGAAAGCUCAGCCAAAUCCGUGCCCCCCUUCGCGCAGCCCGCCUAUCCCUACGUCAGGGCAAUCGACAAGGACCUCGUCCUCUUCCACGUCUCCAUCCCGAGCCAGACUCGCCACUGCGCCUUCACGACACAUCUGUUCGUCUACACCGCCGCCGGUCAUUCCCCCUCGGUGCAGCAGCUCCCUCUGUACCAUGAUGACAGGAGGAUAAUGCCGUUCCUGGGGGAUAAGUCCACCACAGGCAUCCUGCGGCGCCAAGAAGGCCGCUACAUCGUUGCCGACCUCAACCUCUACGGGAAAGAAAAUGCCACAGGCAAUUAUUACAUGUGUGCCGAACUCUGCAUCUUCAACUCCAACUCCAGGUCACGGAUGUGGAGGCUCUCUAUCCAGGAUGCCCCAAAGCCGCAGGACCAGAGCAAUGGCCAGUUCCCCACCCUCUGGUCAACCGAUCAUGUGCUCGCUCUUGAUGGCCGUUUCAUGUGCUGGGUUGACUACUUCAGCGGCGUCCUGCUAUCUGACUUCUGUAAUAUGCGCUUAUCUCGGGUGCUCCACUUCGUGCCUUUCCCUGGAGAAGAAGAGUACACUGCAGAGGUACGUGAGGAAAGGUGCUUCGCGCAGAGAUUCCGUAGUGUGUCCAUCAGCCAAGGCAAGAUGCGCUUCGUCCACAUUGACAAUGACUUGCACACCGAGUUACACACUGGCUGCCAAGGGCAGCGGCCUAGCCAAAAAAUCACCAUUUGGACUUUGAACAUGAUGGAUGCUAACUCCAGGUUCAAGUGGGAGCCACAUCAUGUGAUCGACCUGGAUCGUCUUUGGCUGACACCUAGUGUACCUCGGCGUCUUCCUGAGUAUCCAAUCAUCGCCCCCAAUAACCCGGAUGUUCUGUACUGCCUGUUAAGGAAGCAGGAAUUUCAUGGUGAGGCCUCCAUGAUCAUGGUUGACAUGAACCCUGCAUCUCCGUGGUUGUGUACUCCAUAUAUCAAUCGGCGGUCUGUGCAUGUGAAAGAUCACAAAAGCGAGUUUCCUAAUAUGCCCCUCCUUCCAACUGUCUUCUUCAAAUACCUUGAAAGUUCAACAGCCUUUUCUGUUGCCCACUAA